CCACAAUAAUUGUUGAAACUCGGCGAUGCAACUAUUGCGUCAGACUAUUUCACCACUCGACUAAAAAAGCGGGCGAGCGCCUCGUGCGCACGUUUUUUGUAUUAUUCAUUGUUAUUCGCUACAAAAUUUUUGGUGCACGACUUUAGAGUAGUUAUAUAUAUAUCGGAGUGAUCAAAACUGCACCAUAUUUUUUCUGCAUUUUUUACAGGAGUGAGUGAAAUGCCGGAGGAAAAUCUCUCGAAACUGUCGCUAGGAGGCAUUUACACCUCCGAAAAAAUAGGUAACGACGAGACUGGAGAUGGCACGGAGGAAAAACCAUUCAAAACCAUACUCCAGGCGAUGCGUUUCGCAAAGAAAGAGCCCUUCCCACCUAUAUAUCAAGAUUCAAAGGAUGAUUCUAAAAAGUACGAGCCUGCGGCUAAAUCCCAACUGAAAAAAAUCCAAAAGAUCUGGCAACGUGAACAAUACAAGAACGAAGAAAAGGAGAAGAAACUCCAGGAGGAUGACGUAAAACGUCUGAAGAACCUGGAGGAAGCCAAAUCCGUCGUCAUCAAGGAGGACGAGUCACUGCCCCCAGCGACUCGCAUAAAAAUUCAAUUGGGUGGAGAGUUCAGGGACAAGAGAGUGAAAAUUUUCGGUUGGGUCCACAGACUGAGAAGACAGGGAAAAGCCUUGAUGUUCAUUACCCUGAGAGAUGGAACAGGUUUCCUUCAGUGUGUUCUCAAUGAUAAAUUAUGUCAGACUUACGAUGCACUUGUUCUGAACACCGAAGCCUCUGUCGAGCUCUUCGGCACCUUGACGAUCGUCCCUGAGGGAAAGACAGCACCUGGUGGUCAUGAAUUGGCCGUUGAUUUUUGGAGAUUGAUUGGAAAUGCUCCUCCGGGGGGUGCAGACUCAAUUUUGAACGAGGAGGCUCAUCCUGACGUUCAACUGGAUAAUAGACACAUUAUGAUUCGAGGGGAGAACACCUCCAAAGUUCUCAGAAUGAGGUCUGUCUUACUCCAGGCGUUCAGAGAUCAUUAUGAGGCUCGCGGUUACUGCGAAGUCACUCCCCCAACUCUCGUCCAGACCCAGGUGGAGGGAGGAUCUACACUCUUCAAGUUGGAUUACUUCGGGGAAGAGGCUUUCUUGACUCAGAGCUCUCAGUUGUACCUGGAGACUUGUAUUCCUGCCUUGGGAGAUGUUUACUGUGUCGCACAGUCUUACAGAGCUGAGCAGUCAAGAACUAGAAGGCAUCUUGCUGAGUACAGCCAUGUGGAAGCCGAAUGCCCAUUCAUUACGUUCGAUGAUUUGUUGGAUAGUCUGGAGGAUCUGGUUUGUGAUGUCGUUGACAGGGUUUUGAAGUCGCCAUUCGGCAGCUUGGUCCAGGAACUCAACCCUUCAUUCCAGCCUCCCAAGAGACCAUUUAAAAGAAUGAAUUAUACGGAGGCUAUUGACUAUCUCAGAGAACAUGGCAUCACUAAGGAGGAUGGAAGUUUUUAUGAGUUUGGAGAGGAUAUCCCAGAGAUGCCAGAAAGAAAAAUGACCGACCAAAUUAAUCAGCCAAUACUGCUCUGUCGCUUUCCAACUGAGAUAAAAUCCUUUUACAUGUCGAAAUGUCCAGAGGACAAUCGUCUAACUGAAUCUGUUGAUCUUCUCAUGCCCAAUGUCGGCGAAAUUGUUGGAGGCUCAAUGCGUAUCUCGGAUUAUGAGGAAUUGCUCCAGGGGUACAAAAGGGAGGGCAUCGACCCCACAGCUUAUUAUUGGUACACUGAUCAGCGUAAAUAUGGAACAUGCCCCCAUGGAGGGUACGGCUUGGGACUCGAGAGGUUCGCUUGCUGGUUGCUCAACCGAUAUCACAUUCGUGAGACCUGUCUCUAUCCACGUUUUCUGGAACGUUGUCGACCAUAAAAAAACAGCUAUUCUCUGCAUUCCACCUUCUCACGUACACCCGGGCUUUAUUAUAUAUACUAUCUUAGCAAUCUAAUGCUAAUUCUAAUGCUAAAUAUGUAUUGAGAAGUGAAUAAACAAAAUUUGAAAAAUUAA